AUGUAUGAACCUGAGAAUAGGCGUAGUAAUGUGGGUUCUGGGACAACGAUGACGUUAGAUAGAGAUGCCUUAAUGAAAGCAGAUGAAAAAAGUCUUGCAACCAUUAUUAACAACCAAUUGGAGCAAUAUCCGAUGUUUAAAUAUUGUAAACCAUUCAGCUUGAGUUUACCAAAAGGUUUAUUAGAUUUACCCGCUGGAUGCGAACAUCAAACUUAUGAAAUUGAUCUUACGCAAUAUGCAGACGAUGAGGAUGAGUGUAAAGUGGUUAAAGAUGGUGGUCUAGAUACAGAACAAAUAGAUGAGAAGAGUUUGGAUGUCAUGGAACACAGUGAGCCUGAGUUCCAGAUUUUCACUGAAGAAUAUGAUGAUGAUGACUUAGGUAAUCCAGAAUUGCAUUUAAAGGAUCCAGAUAGCGAGGUGCUAUUUGAUUAUACUGUGGACAGUUUGCAUGACAUAACUAAUGGGCGUAGCGCAGCCCUUGGCAAACAUCUUAUAGAAAUGAUUGAUAACCUGUUGCCUCAAGGUGUACCAUUCAGGGAUAAAGUCAUUAGUACAGUGAAAGGAAAUCUACCCAAUUCAGACAAGAUACGGGUGUUGAACGACAUCCAGCAGCAACUAAAACCGUGUCUGCAGAAAAUCUCCUCCUGUGAGUUUUGCAAGAACAAAUCUCACACCGAAAUGCAUAGUGAUUACGAAAACAACAACGAACAUGUCGCUGAUCAAGAUACGAAGUCUAACGAAACGCACAGCAAGUAUAGCAGUCAACAGCUGAGCGAGUGCGGAAGUGACCAUAGCCAUUCUCAUGGUGAUUCUAGCAACUUAAGAUCCCUCUCGUCCCAUGAUCGCCUGUAUGAGUAUAGACCUAAGGAGCGGCCCGACUUCCAUGCACUUCUGGCGUUUAACCCGGAUGAAAAGCCCAUAUGCAUGUUUUGUGAGUACUACUUAGUUUUUGGGAAGCCUCCAAGACAGAUGAUGAAAUGGUAUAACCAGCACGGGGCGGCUGGAGUUGUACAACACCAGUCGGCAGAUCAGCAUGAAGGGAGCAAAACUGCUAAGAACAAGAAAAAAAAGAAAAAGAGUAAGAAGGGCAAACGUUGA